GUCAGGCUCCGGAGCAGCCGCUUCAGGCCAGGGUCCCUUCCCCAGGGCCCCGCCCCGGCCGCCCCCACCUUUCCGUGCUGCUCCGCCCCGUCGCCCCCUUCCCCGUGGCCCCACCCCGCGCAGGUCCCGACUCCCGCCGCACCUCCUCCGGCUCUGCAGUGGCGGCGGGGAGACGAGUCGGAGCGCCAGCGGGGCCGGAGCCAAACCGGGGUCGCGGCAGAAGCGGGGACCCUCGGAGGCGGGGCCAGGGGGACUGCGAUGGGCGUGGAGAUCGAGACCAUCUCCCCAGGAGACGGAAGGACAUUUCCCAAGAAGGGUCAGACGUGUGUGGUGCACUACACAGGAAUGCUCCAAAAUGGGAAGAAAUUUGAUUCCUCCAGAGACAGAAACAAACCUUUCAAGUUCAGAAUUGGCAAACAGGAAGUCAUCAAGGGUUUUGAAGAGGGCGCAGCCCAGAUGAGCUUGGGGCAGAGGGCGAAGCUGACCUGCACCCCCGAUGUGGCGUACGGAGCCACGGGCCACCCCGGUGUCAUCCCAGCCAAUGCCACCCUCAUCUUUGACGUGGAGCUGCUCAACUUAGAGUGAAGGCAGGAAGGAAGUCGAGGUGACCGGACAAGGCUGCUGCCCACCCUCCUGGCCUGCCCCGCCACUGGGAUGGCUCCGCCUGCUCGGGGCUCCUGAUCAGUGCGCUUACCUCACUGCCCCAUGGCGCGAUCCCUUCUCUCUGCCUAAGUCGCUCUGUAUGUGUUCAUUGUUCACGCGUAUCUUUGCUUGAGGACACUUCAGUUGCGCAGAUGGAAACAUUUCAGGUUGUGCAUUUUGCGUGAUGCAUGUAGUAGGCAUUCCUGAACACAGAACACAGAUUUCUCGUUUGCACAAUCUACACUGCCUUACCUUCACCUAAGCCAGACACACAAGGUGCUCAGACAUGAAAUGUACGUGCUGUACACAGAGGGACUUGAGCCAGUUACCUUCGCUGUCACUUUCUCUCUUAGAAAUUGUUGGCUGCUGAGUUCCAAGAUGUCCUCUUUGGAAAUGAUGUGUAAAAUAAAGGCUCUGUGCUUGACAAAGUCCUGUCCAUCCUUAUUGUAGGUAAGAAGGGCUUGAAGGGCCACAUAAGCCAGUUGCUCUAUGGGAAAAGAGUGGAAAGGAGCCUUCCAAGUGGCCAGAAGAGUGAUAAUAAAUGUAACAGCUACAAGGGAUUGUACAUGCUGGGCCUUAUUCUAUAGAUUUUUAUACAAAAUUACUACCAAUCCUUUAAGCAGCCCUAUACAGUAGGUAUUACUUGCCAUGCAUUUCACAGCUCAGAAUUCUCCCCUGACGAACUAAAAGGAAUAUAUUGUGUUCAAAUCCUGUAGCUUAGCAAUCAAAUGUGGGAUUUGAGCACUUUGUGAUCUUACAAUCUCUACUUGUUUGGACUGACAGGGAUCUGCUCUCCUCACCUGGAUGGAAAAGAACACUGUGCGUCUCAACAAAUGAAGGUAUGGUCGGCCUGCGAGCCACACACUAACUCGCACUGGGACGUCACUUUAAAAAGAAUGUGAUUCUCAACUUCUUUUCACAUUAACUGCUGCGUUUCAUCUAGAUUCGCUCUUAUAUUGGGGAAUUCCUUCUGAGAAGAAUGCAUCAGUCUGAACUUGUUUCUACUGUUCAAUUUCACUGACAUUUACAGUAAAUCAUGAGAAUUCCCAGUUAGGUUUUAAAACCACCCCACGUAUUGGUGUGGGUUUGUGUUCAUCAGAGGAACCUAGGACAACGUGGCUAAGAGUUUUCUUUUAGCUGGCCUAGAUGAGAAAAGCUUUUAGCCAGUCAGGGUUAUUCUGGCAGCGAUGUCUUGAAGUUGCUAAGAUUGAGGAGGGGCUGGUAACGGUACUGUUAGUUUCCUUCACAGACUCACUGAUACGUGUCACAUGAUGUCAUACAUAUGGUACGAGGCCACAUCAUCUUGGCUACUUCAUCUAUCCCUUUUGUCUCCAGGAAGUCGUGGUGUAUUCCUCUGUUGAGGAUUGAGGAGUUAAGAGGCAGUGCUUUAAGAUGGAGAGACUAAUGAGAAAGGGGCUGCCUUGGCUUUAAUCACCCAGUCCCUGGGCUCACUUCUGCUGUGGGACUAGACCAGCCAGAGGGUGCUGCACUCACUCCUUUCUGGGGUGUUUCCUUCAGAAAGUCUUAGCUCCCAGCUUUCCUUGAUGAUACAAAUGUCUAUGACAAUUUAUCAGAACUCAGCCUGUACAAAAGACAUCUCAUGUUUUCCACUGUGACACCAAUAGGACAACUAAAGAUGGCACCAAGGACCACUGCAGGUAUCCAUUGUGGAGUCAUAUAAAAGAUCUUAGAGUAUUUAUAGCCCAGGCGGUAAAAGGAGACAGCCAGCAGGUGAACCAAAACAAACCAAAAAAUGCAAAUACCUACUGGCUAGCACCUGGAGAGGAUAUGCUAGGCUUUGCAGGCCCUGCUUUACUGGAGCUCUUAAGACGAUGCAGAAAAUCAUGAUUCAAAAUGCUGACAAGUUUGGACAUUGUCCUGUGAGAGCCACUGAAAGUUGUUCAGCAGGAGAGUGAUGAUGAGAUCUGUGUCAUUUCAGUCAUUUUCCAACUUUCAGUCAAUACGUGCUCUAGUCAUAGAAGAGCUUUCUUAGAAACUCAAAAUUUAACAUACAAGAAUGUAAAGCAGCUCUGGCACACAUGUAUGCACAUACGUGUGCAUGGAAACAAUCAACCCUUGCACGCUUAAAAGCAGUUUGAAGAACUGAGCCUUGGAUACCCGAUACAGAGAACCAACUGUAACGAUAGCCUCAGCGUCUUGGCCCACACUGCCCUGGCAAACUAGGUACUCAAUAUUUGUCCACUGAAUUCAAGUUCUUACAACUUCACAGGAACAGGCUACAAAAGUGUCAAACAGAGGAAAUUUUUUAAACUCUUUAACUUUAGGUUGUGAAAUUCAGCUAACAGAUACAUUAAUCUAAAUGAUGGACCGGCCAUAACUGUCAAUAGUAGGAAUUUCGCCUUGUUAUUACCUUAAAACAACUAUAUUACAGGGAAGCUGGUCUGCCACUUAGACAAACCACAUUGGAAGUCUAAUUUGUUUUCCCCUCACAAAAGUUUUUUAGAAAAUUCUUUUUACGUUUGUAAAUACCAAAAGGCACAUCACACACUACAAAAGUUAAUGAGGAAUUCAUAAAAGCACGCACAAGAAAAUUACAACUGUGGUUCCUUUGUCAUCUGCCUGUCCUUCUUAAAAAUGACUCUUUCUAACUCUUACAGUGCUUUCAAAAAGCACUCAGACAUAAUAAAACAAUUAUUUCUUCAUUUUCAAUAGUAGGCUUUGAGAAGACAGUACAAAAAGUAUAAAAUAGCCCAUUUUCUUAAAGUAAUGAUAGAUUUCAAAGCUAAAUGCAUUUAAAAGUAGAGUAGAUACUCUUUGCCCAUUUAAAUGAUUCAGUCUUUGUAAUCUUCAAGUUGGUCUUGAGUUAUAGUUAU